AUGAUAGAAGAGUCCAGCUUUAGUACUCUUGAGAUUGACUUUGGUGCUAUUGCCCAGGAUAUUGAUAGAUAUAUUGACAAUGAAAAUUUUAUAAAAUGCCGUACAAUAGAAGAAUUGGUUAAAAUUCUAAAAUUAUGUCAUCUAAAUACAGAUCAGAUUAUUAGACUUCUUGAAAAUUUAGGUCAAGAACAUAACCCACAUUCAAUGCUUGAUAUCAUUAGGAGCACAAAAAUUAAUUUGGAUAUUGAAGACAAUGAAUUUGAUCAAUUAAUCAAUGCAUUUACACAUGUUUUGGAUUUACCGAUUCUUACAAGUAUUGCAAAUCAUCGUGUCUUACCUCCUGACAGUAUCGACAAUCAAAUUAAAGAACUUAAAAAAUUGACUGAAAUCUAUAGAAAAUCGUCAGAUAAGUUGAUUGGACAGAAGAUUACAUACAAAAAUUCCACGAAAAAACCAUUAAAAGCUCAAAUUCAAAACAAAAUAGAUGAAUUGAAAAAAAUCCCUGAUCACACAUAUAAUGACGGCUGGAUGCUAUUUAGUUCAAAGAAAACUCUUUCAAUGAAUUAUGAAAUGACUGAGCUCGAAAAUCUAUUAAAUGAAUGGAGCAAUGAAAUGAAUCAAAAUACUGAUCAAGAAAGAAUCCUCAAUCUAGAAAAGGAGAAUAAAUUAUUAAAAAAAGCGGUCGAUGUUAAAGGUAUAUUAUCUAGCAAAAUGAAACCAGAUAACGAUGAACUAAACGAUAAAGAAAGUUUUAUCGUAACUCUACAAAUGCAAAUCGAAGAAUUUCAAAAUACAAUAAAUGAGGAAAGAGAAAAUUCUCGAAAACUUUAUGAACAAAAUAAAACUUUACGAGCUGAACUUGGAAGAUUACAAAUGAGGCCACAAAAUGUCAAUCCAUUUGUUCGCGUGCUUGAUAAUGGUUGGGAAUAUGAGAGAAGGGAUAAUCAAUUAGAAGAAUAUAGAAAUAGGAUCAGACAACUUGAAAAUGAAGCAAGAAAUAGAGAUAAUACAAUUAAUUCUCUACAUAAUCAAUUAGCUACAUUUACAAAUAGGAUCAGACAACUCGAAAACGAAGCAAGAAAUAGAGAUGUUUCAGAAUUACGUAACAUCCAAACAUUAUUACAAGGAAUGAGGCCUAAAGUAAUUCAAGUCCCUAUAAUCACAAAUAAAGAUAAGAAAAUAUUUUAUAAGUUUAAAGGUAUAAUUGAAAAUCAAGCAAAUAAUCCAAAUAACUAUGGUGUCAAAGAAGGACUUUUGAGAGAAAUGGCAGCCACAAUUAAUAGUCUGGUAACAAAGAAAGCACCAGAUGCAAACGAAGUAAAUCAUUUCAUACAAAGAAUGACCGAUGUCUUAAAUAAAUUGGAAAGAAAAAUUAAUUCCAAUCAAAAUAAUGUAUCCAGACCUGUAUUCAGACCUGAUUUUAGUUCAUCCGACGAUGAUAAUAAUCAAUUCAGACUUAAUCCCAAUCAAAAUUAUGUACCUAAUGUUAUAUAUGUUGGUAAUGAUUUUUUAGAUUCGUUCUGA